GGGAACAGGUAGAACCGGCUGGUUGUUUACAGGCCCGGGGACGUCGGCGGUCUUCAGUCUGCGGAGCGGAGUCACUGGGCAGCGAGGAACCGCAGCGCCGGCAGCAUGGCUGUGAGCAAGUGCAUCAAAUACCUGCUCUUCUUCUUCAACCUCCUCUUCUGGAUCAGCGGAUGCAUCAUUCUGGGCGUUUCGAUCUACCUGAAAGUGAAUAAAGAUGGAAACAAGAUUACAGAUGAAGCCAUUCCCGGCACUGACCUGAUGAUCGCCAUCGGCGUGAUCAUCAUGGCGCUCGGCUUCCUGGGCUGCUGUGGCGCCAUCAGGGAGAACCGCUGCAUGCUGCUGCUGUUCUUCAUCAGCCUGCUGGUCAUCUUCAUCCUGCUUCUGGCGGCUGGAAUCCUGGGAGCGGUGAAGGAGAACACGGUGACGGACUUCGUGAAGGAGAAGCUGGACAAACUGACGCCGCUGUCGAGUCAGCCUCAAGAUGUGAGGGACGACCUGGAAGAAAUCCAGCGACAGCUGAAGUGCUGUGGUUUGUCGAGAGGACCGUCGGACUGGAGCCCACCGCCCUCCUCCUGCCGCUGCAACGCCACCGACACGGCGCUGGGCUGCUCCUCCAGCCAGAUCUACUCCACGCCAUGUGUCGACAAAAUCAUUGAGGAGAUAAAGCAACACACCAACGUGAUCAUCGGCAUCGCCUUCGCCAUCGCCAUCCUCAUGAUCUUCGGGAUGGUUUUCGCAAUGAUCCUCUACUGUCAGAUCGGCAGGAAGGACGGCGGCCCCACCUCCAACACCGCCUGACCGCCGCCGGACUGUGGCCUCUCGGCCAAUCAGCAGCAGCCAGUUUCAGCCAGUUCGAGGCUGAGUUCAUUCGAGCUCGGAAAAUGUUUGACGUAACUGAAAUUUUAGGUGAACUGCAACACAAGACAUAUUUAUCUAAAAAUAAACUUAAAACUUGGACUUUAGUGGUUUUUAAAGAUAAUUCCUGUAAAAUGAGCAAGUUUCUGUUGAUUCUGAGGCCUCAAAGAACAAUAUUCUCCAAAAUGCUGAUUAAAACUUCUAUAUUUUCACAUUAAAAGUUUCCGUAAGUCUCUAAAAGUAAAUUUUUAUGUAAAUUUCUUUUUUUUUUUCAUAAUUCUGAUAAAUAUCCUCAGGCUUUCCUCAGCUUUGUAAAACAGCUUUUGUUUGUUUUAUAAAUAAAAAUGUUUUUGGGAUGUGA